AAAAGAGGUUAGAAAUACAUGGCGGUACAUGGCUUUGCUUGGGUUAGAUUGGAAUAAGUCAUCCUAAGUUGUGAUUUCUAAUAAACGCCUAUUAAAAAUAAAAGGAUAAAUAAAUCAAAUUAGAAAUGGUUGUAUUUACGUGCAAUCAUUGUGGUGAGAGUGUACAUAAACCGGCAGUAGAGAAGCAUUAUAAUUUUGCGUGUCGCAAAUAUAAGGACUUAACAUGUGUUGAUUGUUUCAAAGAUUUUCGGGGUGAAGAAUAUUCAGUUCAUACAAAAUGCCUAACUGAGGAUGAAAGGUAUGCUGCUAAAGGUUCUAUGCCUAUUGGAGUUCAGAAAAAAGGUGAAGCAAAGCAGGAUGCAUGGGUGGAGAUGAUAAGAGCUAUUAUCCAGGAAGAUAUUAAUAUGAAGCCUCAAAAUAAGAAUUUGCUGUUAACCAUUUCAAAACAUAAUAAUGUUCCCAGGAAAAAGCAAAAGUUUCUUAAUUAUAUUAAAAGUGCAACAGGCGGUAAAGUAUCAGAAAAUACAAUUUCUGAUGUUUGGGACAUAAUAGAAAGCUAUAAGGAAAAACAUGUUAAAUUGAAUAAAACAAAAAAUGAAAAUGAUAAAAAAGAAGAAGAAAACCAUUCCAAUUCUGAAACAAUUAAAAUGAAAAAUGGAGAAAGUGGAGCUGAAAAAGCACCUAAAACGACUAAGCGAAAAGAUGUGAAUGACUCCAUUGAGGUUGCUUCUCCAAAGAAAAAAUCUAAAACUGAAAAAUUGAAAGCAGCUAAGGAAACUGAAACUGUAGAAGUUGAAAAGAACUCUUCAGAAAUUUGUAGAGUAAACCAAAAAAGAAAAGAAAAUGAUAUUGACGGUGAUAAUGAAAUAAAACAAAAGAAAAACAAAACUUUGGAAACAAAU